GCCACGGCCCCAGCCCUGUCCGUCCGGCAAAGGCCCCACCUCUGCGUCCCCUCUCCAGGUCCAGUCCGACCCCAUCCCAGAGCCUAACUUUCACCCCGCGGGGAAGGAAACGAGGACUUCUCCUCCGAGGCUGGAUGAAAAAGGAGUCAACAGGUCUCUCACUGCCCGAAGCACCUCCGGCCCCGAGAGCCGCAGCGCCGGCCACUUCCGCUCCUGGCGUCCGGAAGCGGAAGUGCGCGGCUGCGGCCGACUGCGGCGGGUGUGCUGGGCCGCGCGGCGCGCCGCGGUGGGAGUGUCUCCGGCCGGUCUGCAGGAGUCAGUCACCUUUGAGGAUGUGGCGGUGGGGCUCCUCCGGGAGUGGGCAUUACUGGACGGUGCGCGGACGAACCUGUGCCGAUACGUGAUACUGGACAAGUGCAGGACUCUGGCCCCCAAGGACUGGGACUCUCGACUCAAAUCCCAAGCGUCUCCUCCCGUGCAGGAUAUUUUGGAGGGAAAUUCAUCCCCGGGUUUGCACAUGGGGCGGAAGGCGGCCGCGCAGAUUCAGAGGGUGGCUGUGCCGGUGCCUGCACUGAGUCUCCCUGAGCUGAGGAUGGCUGGGGAUUCUGCUCUGCUUGCCCAGGACCCCGCCUGGCUCCGGAAGGAGAACACAGAGGGGGAGUCUGUGGCUCCUGGGAUGCUGCUCAGCUGUCCGCAGGAACCAGUCACCUUCGAGGAUGUGGCUGUGUUGUUCACUCCGGAAGAAUGGAUGUUUCUAGACUCUGCCCAGAGAAGCCUGUACAGAGAUGUGAUGCUGGAGAACUAUAGGAACCUGGCCUCUGUGGGAGAUCAGCUCGGCAAAUUCAGUUCGUUUCCCCAUUUGGAGCAAGGAGAAGAGUGGUGGCCGACGGAGAGAAGAGUCUUCCCGGGAAGCUGCCCAGAACCUUCGCUUCCACCCCAAGGUUCGAUUCCUAAGCAAGGUAUUUUUGCAGAGAUUUCCGUUGGCAUGGAAAGGGGGCGGCCUCAGACGGGAGAAAACCUCUACGAACCUAGUGAACUCGGAAAACCCUCGCCCUGCGCCCGACCGCUUUUUCAGUACCGGAGCGUUCGUGCUGGAGGCGACCCCUGCGAAUGCCCAGAGAGCGGAAGAUCCUUCUUCCAGCCCGCUCGGCUCCUCGCGCCUGAGAAGAUCCGCCGUGGGGACAGAACCUUCGCGUGUCGCCAGUGUGAGAAGUCCUUCAGAUACAGCUCCGACCUGAUCAGGCACGAGAAGACCCACACCGCGGAGAAGUGCUUUGAGUGUCACGAGUGUCGGCAGACCUUCAAGUACUCCUCGAAUCUGCGGCGCCACCUGAGGACUCACACCGGAGAGAAGCCCUUCGAGUGUGCCCAGUGUGGGAAAACCUUCACUAGGAACUUCAACCUGAUUUUGCACCAGAGAAACCACACGGGCGAGAAGCCCUACGCAUGUAAGGACUGUGGGAAAGCCUUCAAUCAGCCGUCCUCCCUGCGGAGCCACGUGAGGACUCACACCGGCGAGAAGCCCUUCGGGUGCAGUCAGUGUGGGAAAGCCUUCAGGGAGCACUCGUCACUGAAGACGCACCUGCGAACGCACACCCGGGAGAAGCCGUACGAAUGCGGCCAGUGCGGGAAGCCCUUCCGGACGAGCACGCACCUGAACGUGCACAAGAGGAUACACACCGGGGAGAAGCUGUACGAGUGCGCUACGUGCGGCCAGGUGCUGAGUCGCCUCUCGACCCUCAAGAGUCACAUGCGAACCCACACCGGAGAGAAGCCCUAUGCGUGCCAGGAGUGCGGGCGCGCCUUCAGUGAACCUUCGUCCCUCCGGAAACACGCGAGGACCCACACGGGCAAGAAGCCCUACGCGUGUCAGGAGUGCGGGCGCGCCUUUGGUCAGUCUUCACACCUUAUCGUGCACGUGAGGACCCACACCGCAGGGAGGCCCUACGCGUGCAGUCAGUGUGAGAAGGCCUUCAGGCACAGCUCUUCGCUCGCCGUGCAUAAAAGGGUUCAUGCCGGGAGAGAAAGCGCUAAGAGCGGUGGCCUGCCUCUAUCAGUGUCCCAGCCGUAUGUCGGGCCCCUUGCUGAUUAAUGUUCGACUUUUAUUUUUUUAAUUUAAUUUUUUAAUUAUCUGAGAGAGAGAGAGAGAGAGAGAGAGAGAGAGAGAGAAUGCACGUGCAUGGGGGAGGAGCAGAGAGAGAGAAUCUUUUUUUUU